UCAGUCUGCCAGUUUGUUUUGAUUCGUUCACACGUGUUUUGUGUAUGUGGGUGGUAGCGACUGUGAUCAUGUUUGAAUGAAAUACGCGCCGAACGGUAGUAGUUGUGAAUUGUGAUCGUAUCGUUUGUAUGUGUCAGAAGGUAGUAAGCCAGACUGGCAAAUGAGCUCCUGCGAGUAGUGAUCAUCGAAAGCUGUACGGAGAAAAACGAAUAAAAAAUUCGUCUGAGGCAUUAAUUUUGAUAAGUCCAAAAGUUUAUAUUCGGGAAAGUGGCGAUGUGGUUUCGAGUACACUUCUCGAGGUGACUAAUUGAAGAAGGGAGUAAAACAGUGGAAGAACAUCAACUCGGAAGUCUUGGAGUCUUCUGAACACGCCCAACAGUAUACACGAUCGAAAAUUGAUCAGGAAGACACCAGAAUAGCUGGAUAUCAUGAACCGAUUAAUAGUAGGCACGCUGUUCGUGAUUGCAGUAGUUAAAACAGCUAGCGCAAUCGAAUGCUACGUAUGCAACGGUACAGACUCAACAACCCCGUUCCAGUGCAGCGAAUGGUUCGAACGCUUCGACAAGCCAGACAUCAAACCGCAGGACUGCUCCAACGUUUACGGGGCUAGAUUCUGCAUCAAGCACAUUGGUCGUUUCGAAGUGCUUGGGAUCCUGUGCUAUCAAUGCUCAUCCGCACACUCGAUGUACUGUUCCGAUAUGUUGGUUGCGGACGAGGCGUCUCCAUUCAAACCGGAACCGUGCGAUCACGUGUUCGAGGCGGAGUACUGCAUCAAAUCGACGGCUAUGCAUGGUGGCAUCGGAGCUAAGCGGUACUGUUCAUCGCGUGACCUCGGCAACUAUUGCAACUAUGUGCGCAAUCCCGGUGACAAGAUUGAGUACCGUUCCUGCAUCUUCACCUGCAAUUCGGACGGGUGUAAUGCCGGUUCCCGAUUAUUUUCAUCCUCAUAUCGACUUCCAACACUAUUCGGUGUGUUGGCGCUGCUAGCUACCCUGGCGGGGUUCAUGAGACACUAGCUUUUGCCAUAUUUAUGUAAGAUUAUGCUGGGAGUCCCCAGCAUACAACUGUCCAACUGGUAGUCUUCUAGGGAACAUUACCAAUAAGAAAAAUAUCGAAGUCCGUCCUCGAAAGACAUUCCGAUUAGCCUUUCGCCCUAUUGUAAACCUUAAAAUUUUAAAGGAUUUGAAUCAAAAUUAGCUUCUAGUUUGGUGUUGAGUUUAGUUUUAGAAUGACAAUAAAUUUACUAAACAAUAAAAAAAAAUUGCAGGAGCAUUUUUGGUGAGUUUGGAAGCAAAUUAUAUUACAGCCACAAAUGAAGAAUGUAUACAGUAUGUAUUUCCAUACGGCAUACUGUUGGCCACAAAAACGGCAUGCGAGCACAUGGCAUAUGAGUUCCGAUAGUGAAUAUGAAGUGAAUUAGUUCAUUUAGGUUCAUUAACUAAUUAUUAUUAACAGUCUACUAUAUCGACAUUCUUGAAUAAAUU